AUGCCCUACAAGAAAUUUGUUUUAUUCUUUGGAGUUAUCCUUGUGUCAUUUAACGGUGGCUGUACCACCGGAUGUGAACCAGGCUGGGUCCACUUCCAGGCCUCUUGUUACCUUUUUAAAGAUGAGACGGAGAACUGGGCAUCAGCAGGGUCAAUAUGCACUGCUUUACAAGGAAAACUGGUCGAGAUUGAAUCUUCUGUGGAGAAUAAGUUCUUGAAAAACCGGAUAUCACAUCUUCAUCCAAACCAUACUUUUGACAACGUAAAUUAUUGGACUGGGGGUAAUGACCUAGAAAGAGAAGGUUCCUACAUUUGGAUAAAAAGUAGAGCAUCUUUUACCUUUACUGACUGGCAUGCUAGUCAACCAAACGGUGGCAGUGAGGAUUGUGUCGCGUACAACUGUUUCACGGACUCUUCGAUUCAAUGGCACGAUUUCGCCUGUCACCAAUUGCUCUAUUAUAUUUGUGAAAAGGAAUUGAGUGAUGAUGAAUUGAUGAACAUCAUUGGCUAAUGAGAAGAAAACUGAGUGUCA